GUUUUUGGUCGUUAUUUCGUUAGCCAACAUAUGUUGUCAUAUGUAGGCUAGCUGAAGACAAUGUUCAAAAAUAAUUAUCAGGGUGGAGCUGUAGUGGAAGUGUUCAGUGCGCAGGGAAAUAACCCUGUCGCUAAAUGGAAACUUCAGGGAGCUCCAGCUUCUAUAAAGAAAAUUUUUGAUAAAGAAGUGAAAGGAUUUGUUUACUGUGUGGAAGGCAGCAGCCAAACAGUUAAAAUGCUAAUUCCAGAGGACGGCAAAACAACCCUUGGACUCCUUCAACGAUUCCUAGUUCUUCAGGUGAAUAUUCCUGAAUGCAGAGACUUUUCCAUUGAGCUCAUAAUAAGCGAUUCAACACAUCUCAAAAAGAGACUAUAUUUCUCAACGGUGCAUAAAGAAUUCUCCGCUACACCUCUGCAUGCAAGGAUACCUUUUGUCUCACUGAAACAAAACAUUUGGAGCAAUUUGUGCAUCGACCUUGUGUCCUUUACGGCCGAGCUGUUCAAGACGGCUGUCUUUCGGACCCUGGAUAGCAUCGCCGUGUGUGCCAACUGUAAAAUACGGAGGAUCUUCACCAUGAAAACAGAGGCGACAGACACCUCCGACGACAGCCUUUUCAGUGAGCUUGGCCUGGGGGAGGUGAUCCCACGUAGCUGCCGGUUCCCACAAGACGUCUGCCACGUGACCCAGGUGUUCAGCAUGGAGGGGGCGCGGCAGACGGCAGCCACUAAACUCCUGAACUCCGACUCUGGUCGACACAACUCCCCGGCUUCAGCAGGUGGGUCAGCCGUGUCCCGGAAACACUCCUCUGCGUCCCACGUAGCCUUCGGCACCCGGGUCUCGCGGCCCCCUCCUCCCCCUCUUCCUCCUCCUCAUCCUCAACAUGCCAGGAAGAGAAGCAGAUCCCGAGAGGAGAUGCACGCGAGGGGCUCCGAACUCAGCCUUCUGCCAAGCCAAGGCCAGACCGCCAGAGACAUAAGUGUGAGGUUGUCAGACGCCACUCCUUGCGAUACCAAAAACGCCUUUGAGGACGAGGUAAUAGGCAUGACGGGCGGCCUGCAGCCCCACCCCCCACAGGACAGAGCACUUGGCAGACAAAAGCUGCGGCUUCCUACCGCUGGAUGGAAAAAAACCCUGUCGUCAGGUUGUCUGUUACACAGUGUGCUUCGCGGCGCUGUGUGCAUAUGGUUCACCGGACUCCCUGGUUCUGGGUCAGCAGCCACAGGUACAGGGCCCGCGGCCCGCGGCGUCCUGAGGGGGGCCGCAGGGGAGAGGGCAGGUCGGCCGCCCAGCGAGCCAGGCGGCUCCGGCCAACCUCUGACGCAGGCAGACGAGAUGAGAGGACUUCAAACUGCAGGGUCUGGCUCCUUCGGCAAGAGCGAUGAUGACGAUGAUGAGGGUGACGAAGGGUGCGAGCCCCAGCUCGUUCUCGGAGGGGGGGGAGGGGAGGAAGAGGCGGAGGUGUUCAGGUUCACGUCUCCCCCUCACUCGGCCCGGCGGGGCCAGGGAGGUGUUGACCAGGGGCCGAUGCAGACGAAGCGGGGCCCCGAGCUGCUGAUUGAAACCCGCAGGCGUAAUGGACCCCAACUGGAAGAUGACUUCGUAGGCAGCGAAAGCGAUGAGGAUUCUUUCCCUCGACCUACAGCAGGGCCUGGAUUCAAGGUGGAAAAGGACCAGCUCCACCACAGCCUCCACCAGCAAACAGCUGCUGCUCCCUCCACCAGUCCCUCCACCCCACCUACACCUGAAAAUCCCAAACCCCAGCCCGACUCUCCUAUUCCCUCCUGCUCAUCACCAUCAUCAUCAUCGUCAUCAUCAUCGUCUUCGUCACCUGGUGUGAGCGCUGAGCGCCCCAUGAUGUCCCCCGCCCGCUGCCUCUCUCCUGCCUGUGGCAGACGGAGAUGUGGUGACAGGGAAGUGGUGGUAACCAUAGAGACGGCAGUAACCAGGGACACGCUGGUAACCAGGUACACAGUGUCAACCAGGGACCCGGUGUCAACCAGGUACAGGGUGGUAACCAGGGACAGGGUGGUAACCAGGGACAGGGUGGUAACCAGGGACACGGUGGUAACCAGGGACAGGGUGGUAACCAGGGACGCGGUGGUAACCAGGGACGCGUUGGUAACCAGGAAGGCGGUGGUAACCAGGGACACGGUGGUAACCAGGGACACGUUGGUAACCAGGGACAGGGUGGUAACCAGGGACACGGUGGUAACCAGGGACGGGGUGGUAACCAGGGACGCGGUAGUAACCAGGGAGGCGGUGGUAACCAGGGACACGGUGGUAACCAGGGACACAAUGGUAACCAGGGACACGGUGGUAACCAGGGACACGGUGGCAACCAGGGACAAGGUGGUAACCAGGGACUCGGUGGUAACCAGAAGCAUGGUGGUAACCAGGGACGCGGUGGUAACCAGGGACGCGGUGGUAACCAGGGAGGCGGUGGUAACCAGGGACAGCUCUGUCCCGUGGGUGAUGGCCAGGCCCAGGAGCACCAGAGGAGCACAGCGUCGCUCUGCAGGAGUUCUCUCCGUGAAGUCCUCCCCGGAGAACUGGUGCAGCACAAGAAGCCAGGAGCCCGCGGGGAGCGCGAGCGCCGGCGUGCGCCCGCCGCCGGCGAGCCCUCCGCCAGGGCGGGCCGAGGACGAAGAGGAGGAGGAGGAGGAUGAGGAGGACGAGGAGGAGCGGCGCAUGCUGGCCAGUCUGCGCCGGGGGAGCGAGGAGCGCGGCGACGACGGGGAGGAGGGGGGGGGGGCGGGCCCCGGGCCCCGGGGCCUCAGUGCCUCCCAGAUCCACCGCUGUGGCGUCAGCAUCAGCAUCAGCAGUGACGACGCCUCCUCCUUCUCCGGCGCCCCCCCUCCUGCGCAGGGCUUCUACUACCAGAAGGAGAUGACCCCCCUCAGGUCCUCAAACCCAAGGGAAUGGAUGGAUGUUAUUAGUCCCCCCAUUUUCCCGGGAAGACGGCACGAGAAGACAGGGAGUGAGGAGGAGGAGGAGGAGGACUAUUUGAACUUGCUCUAUGAUCCGUGUCUUAACUGCUACUUUGAUCCAGAGACAGGGAAGUACUAUGAACUUGUCUGA